UGCCGAUUGUACAACAAGGCUGUCUGGCAUGCAUACUUCAAUGCGACUGUACUCCAUACUGUAAUCAGCGCUGCACGGAAGAUCCAGCUAUCAAGCACAAUGCUUAUUCUUGGUCGGAUGCAAUAGUCUCCUCCAUACGAGGGGAUCAAGGAUCAGCUCAAGCAAGCUGGCUGUGUUUCCUUGACCAUGGCCAAAGGUCUAAAGCUUACUCUCGAUUCCUAUAAUGUCUGAGUUCCAUCUACCUUGGCAUGUCGACAGGCAUGAUGGCCAGUUCUCGUGACGCUAGGAGAACCACAUAAAGAAGAAAAUAUCCUCGAAGCUGUAACCGGGGCUUUGUUCCGUAAACAGCCACAAGAAUGAGUUCAUCGGAGAGCCACUCCCAUCUGCGCAGCUUCCGCUCCUCCCAUUAUGCACCUUCCACCAUCCAACCACGCCUUUCUCCCUUUCUUCGGUCUUCACAAGCAGUCUACCAUAUCAACAUCAUCAAGAUCAAGGCCUGAGACACCGACCAUGAGCUUGGGUACCAGUAUGAUCGAUGAGCAAGUAGAAUGCGCAGCUGAGCAUGCCACGAAGAACGUCGACAGUCGCGGGGUCCACGAAAGCACCAACAGCGGUAUCAGCAAUCCUUCGGAAUCGAUGCUCUCAAGGUUCGAGCUCCUCCCGGCGGAGCUUCUGCUCAGCGUCAAGGGCUUUUUGGGGAAUACAGAUGCCAUCCACCUGGGCAUGUGCAGCCAGACUCUAAGGAAGAAAGUCCGCCAGUCACCCAGCACAGAGGAGCUGAACAAGGCUCAUAUUUCCACCCCUACUCAAAGCAAACUAGAAACGGCGAUCAUCUGGCUCGGCGUCUUCCACCCCGAAAUCGAAAUCCUGCGGCUCACGUAUCUCGUCUUACGCGACUGCACCCGAUCACUGCCAGAACCACCCUCAUCGGAGGGGGCUAGAGUUACUCUCCUCAGGACCAUGAUCAAAAUCCAGAAGGCCCAGCUGCGUCUGGACGAGGAGUCGUUGCGCCGGCUGCGGGAGCUGGUGCAGGUGAACCAGCGUCAGAGCGCGCAGCUCGACGAGAUCAUUCGGUUGCUGAGGGCGGCGCUGGAUGGCCGGGAUACGGUCUCGGAGGCUGGGGGGCUUAGAUAGCUUCCCCAAUGCGGCGGAUGGGUAUGGUAGAUGUUUUGUGUCUGAG